CCCCGCCCCCCUCGCCUCCCCCCCGCCCCCCUCGGCCCCGCCUCGGCCCCCGGCGCCACGCCCCCUCUCUCCCGUCUCCCUUGGCUCCGCGGACGAACUGCGUGUUGCUGCGUCAUCGCCAGUGGCCGGUUUGAAUGAGACUCUCGUCGCCCCGAAGCCGCCGCCAGCCCUGGUUCUCCGCCUCGGCCGCCGUCACAGCUUCUCCUGGUGCCCUUCCCUUCGCCGCCCUCUCCGGGCCCAGCCUUCCCGCGCCGCCGGCCCCGUCCGCGCCCAGCCAUGCCGCUGUACUCCGUUACUGUAAAAUGGGGAAAGGAGAAAUUUGAAGGUGUAGAAUUAAAUACUGAUGAACCUCCAAUGGUGUUCAAGGCUCAGCUUUUUGCCCUGACUGGAGUCCAGCCGGCCAGACAGAAAGUUAUGGUGAAAGGAGGAACAUUAAAGGAUGAUGAUUGGGGAAACAUCAAAAUAAAAAACGGAAUGACUGUACUAAUGAUGGGGUCAGCAGAUGCUCUUCCUGAAGAACCCUCAGCUAAAACUGUCUUCGUAGAAGACAUGACAGAAGAACAGUUAGCAUCUGCUAUGGAAUUACCAUGUGGAUUGACAAACCUUGGUAACACUUGUUACAUGAAUGCUACAGUUCAAUGUAUUCGUUCUGUGCCUGAACUCAAAGAUGCCCUUAAAAGGUAUGCAGGUGCCUUGAGAGCUUCAGGGGAAAUGUCUUCAGCACAGUAUAUUACUGCAGCCCUUAGAGAUUUGUUUGAUUCCAUGGAUAAAACUUCCUCUAGUAUUCCACCUAUUAUUCUACUGCAAUUUUUGCACAUGGCUUUCCCACAGUUUGCGGAGAAGGGUGAACAAGGACAAUAUCUUCAACAGGAUGCGAAUGAAUGCUGGGUACAAAUGAUGCGAGUAUUGCAACAGAAAUUGGAAGCCAUAGAGGAUGAUUCCGUUAAAGAGACAGAUUCUUCAUCUGCAUCAGCAGUGACGCCUUCUAAAAAGAAAAGUUUAAUUGAUCAGUUCUUUGGUGUUGAGUUUGAAACUACAAUGAAAUGUACAGAAUCUGAAGAAGAAGAAGUCACCAAAGGAAAAGAGAAUCAGCUUCAACUUAGCUGUUUUAUCAAUCAAGAAGUCAAGUAUCUUUUUACAGGACUUAAAUUGAGACUUCAGGAAGAAAUCACCAAACAGUCUCCAACAUUGCAAAGAAAUGCCUUGUACAUCAAAUCUUCCAAGAUCAGCCGGCUACCAGCUUACUUGACCAUUCAGAUGGUUCGAUUUUUUUAUAAGGAAAAGGAAUCUGUGAAUGCCAAAGUUCUUAAGGAUGUUAAAUUUCCUCUUAUGUUGGAUGUGUAUGAACUAUGUACACCAGAACUUCAAGAGAAAAUGGUCUCUUUUCGAUCAAAAUUCAAGGAUCUAGAAGAUAAGAAAGUGAAUCAGCAGCCAAAUACAAGUGACAAAAAGAGUAGUCCCCAGAAAGAAGUUAAAUAUGAGCCUUUUUCUUUUGCUGAUGAUAUUGGCUCCAAUAAUUGUGGAUACUAUGACUUACAAGCAGUGCUAACACACCAGGGAAGGUCUAGUUCUUCGGGGCAUUAUGUAUCAUGGGUAAAAAGGAAACAAGAUGAAUGGAUUAAAUUUGAUGAUGAUAAGGUCAGCAUCGUAACACCAGAAGAUAUCUUGCGGCUCUCUGGUGGUGGAGACUGGCAUAUCGCUUAUGUUCUACUCUAUGGGCCUCGCAGAGCUGAAAUAAUGGAAGAGGAAACUGAACAGUAAUCUUCAUUUUAGCUAUUUAUGCUUAGGUGUGAAAUAAAUGCUACUUGUUGAUCAUUUCUCUAAUCCAGAGCUUUGGAGGAAGACAUUUAGAUGGUUUUGUUUCCCCUCGUGAAACAAAAGAGGGCAGAAGCAGACCACUCUGUGCAUCAACCUAAAAAAUUACAUAAAAGAAAAUUAUCUUUGGAUUGUGUUCCCCUAUAUAAAAGUGGCAGGAAGACAUUUUUUUUUUAAAGUUUCUUGCAUUAAUUUUUUAAAAUUCUGAGUUGAAAUGCUUUUCAACCAUUCCCUUCUGUGAUACGUUUUCUUGCUGCCGCCUUCAGUCUAAAAUUCAGCAAUCAGAUGUUUAUUGCACACCUAUUACUUAUUAUUUGUUGUUCUCGCAUGGUUCAAACCACCAUUCAGUAGCUGCCCAUAGUUUUGCCUUAUAACAAUUUUUCCAGGACGGUGGAAAAGGAAGUGUUGCUCUCAUUGUGUAACUGAGUGCUGCUGUCCAGCCCAUGGAAACAUGGGCACAAUCAAGUAUUUGUCCAGCCUUACUGUUGCUGGCUUUUCAUGACUUCAAAAUAAAUUGUGAUCAGUAGCCUAGCACAUUUGAUUAUACAUUUAUUGUCUCUCUCUCUGAUGUACUAUGGAUUGUACAUUUAACUUUGGAAUGGUUUUGUAGUAAUCUUAAAAAAAAAAAAUGUUGACAAGCUCCGGUUGCUUAUUUUUAGAAAAUGAGGAUAUUUAAUAAAAAAAAAAAAGAGGGAUUAACAACUUUUGACCUCAAGUCUUUUUUGUCUUUUGAGUGUUGGAGCUUGGCUGAAGAUUCAGGUGUUUAAUGCUACAUAAUUUCUGCAGAUGGUUGAUGUUAUUGUGCUGUUAACUGUUGAUUGGAAAAUAUUUAUCAUCUUUGCCUGCCCAUAUUCCAUUUAAAAUUAAAUACAAAGUUGUAAAAUUAAUAGAUUUCUUUGGAUGCUGAAUGCAGUGAUGUUAUCAGA